GAAAUGAAAACUCAUUCUGCCAUAUGGUUCCUGGACAUUCUUAUGCAACUGCCAGAAAAAAAAAUGAUUAAAAAAAAGAAAAAACCCACAAAACAACAAGGCAGCAAUUGUGACAGAAUAGCAGAAGUCCAAAUUACAGAGGCAAGGUUCUUCCUCUGUCCUCCCUCCAGGCCUAAAUGAAUAAAGACAUGACACUGAGAUUGAAGUCUAGUUCUACUUCAGAACCACAGAGACAUGAGCACCAGCAAGUUUGAGGUUGGGUAAAGAUCUUCAGAACUCCUCAGCUUCAGAUAGUCAAGCACUGCUUCAUCCCUUCUUCAAUGGCAUCUCUAGCAUACAUACUUACUUCCCUUAAAUGCAAUGUUGUAGCAUUUUCUGAUGGAAGGGGCACGGCAGAGUCCAUGCCUUCACCUCCUCUGGCCAACUCUAAUCAUGAAUCUCCUGUGAAUCAGCUGGGAAACAUGCAGAAUAUGAGAUUGGAGCCUUCGUUCAUACUAACUGGAGUUUUCCUUGACAAUGGUAGAAUAGAAGCUUCUCCAUUCUUUAGACAUGAAUUUGUUUUAGGUAAGAUCUUCCCAGAGUACAAAAGAAAUUUAUUCUGGAAAUUUCAAACUAAAAUGGCCUCCUCACUGGAACUGGAUCCACCAUCCUUUUUUUCUCAGUGUCUUAUUUUUUAUGUUUUAGAUAUUUUGCAAGGUGAGCUACACCUUUGAGAGGAGCUUCUGGAAAUUACCAGAGAUACUUAAUAUUGCCAGCUCUACAGAUGGUGGUGAUGCACCUUGAUGAGGAAUGAGUACUGAGCCUGAAUCCUACAAAUGGGAAAAGGUGCUCAUAUCAGACUUAUGCAUUAGAUAUCAAACUACAAAAUACAAGUACAGUUGAUACCUGUUUAGAUGACGUAGAGCAAGCUAACAGAGUAUAUAUUAAAAGCAAAAAUUCCCAUGAAGUUAAACUGUUACCCUCUGCCAAAACCUCCCACUCUCAAGUUUUAAGAGCCAAUAAGCCUUGUAUCUGUACAUUCAGUUUUGCCUUUUUUUCCCCCCCAGGACUGCAAAGUCCUCUGUCAGGGUUUACUGUGUUUCAUUGAUUUUAUUUUUUCUGGCACCAACAUAAUGCUCAUAUAGUAAUGAGGAUGAAAUAAUCUAUUUUUUUUCCUGCACAU